UGUUCAACGUGCAUCAUGAUCAUCAUGCACUUUGACUUGAUUGACACUCCCACGCACUGUCGUCAGUGUGUUUCUGUCAUUGUCAUUGUGUCUUUAAUUCCCACAACUUUUCCUGCAUAUUAGCUUAUCUCAUUGAGUUUAUUUAUUGCGGUGCAUAUCCAGAAGACGAACAUUUGGCUGACAUGGGGAUAUUGGGAUUAACGACCUUUAUGGAUGACAACCUUCAUCUCAUAAAAGAAUGGCAGCUGCAUGACACCAAAGUGGUUAUUGAUGGUAAUAACCUGUACCAUCUAAUCUUCUACAACAACCAUGUGGACUUUCUUCAUGGAGGAGAUUAUGAUCAGUAUGCCAGAAAAAUUAAAGAAUUCUUUGCUCUCCUUCAAACCUGCAACAUUCAGCCUUAUGUUGUGUUUGAUGGUGGAUAUGAGCAAGAUGACAAAAAAUUCCACACAAUUUUAGGAAGAGUUCAACAGAGACUUGAGAUGGCUAUACGUCUAGCAAAAGGACAGAGGGGCAAAGUAAUGCCUAUCCUGGCCUAUGAAACAUUUAAGGAAGUUUUGUUACAAAUACACAUACCUUUUGCUGUCUGUGAUUUUGAAGCCGACAGAGAAAUUGGAAUCUUAGCUAAUGACCUGAACUGCCCAGUUCUGUCGUAUGACAGUGAUUUCUACAUUCUGCCUCUCAGUGCUGGGUUUAUACCAUUUGACAGUGUCAAUUUUACAUUGCAAGAAGACAAGAGAGAGGACGGUACUACAUAUCAUUAUCUGCCUGCAAGGAGAUACCAUGUGGACAAUUUUGUGAAAUUCUUCCCCUCCUUAGGGAGAGAAGUUUUACCCCUGUUGGCUACCCUGCUAGGAAAUGAUUAUGUGGAUAUUCGUAUUUUUCAGUCAUUUUAUUCUUCAGUCAGAUCAUAUGAAGGAAGGACACAGUUUAGGAUUCCUAAGUCUCAUUUGAAAAUCCAGAAGGUGAUAAGCUGGUUAGAAAGCCUAGAGACGUACAAGGAGGGCAUUGAAAAACUGAUGGAGACUGCAGGAUCUUUAGCACAAAAGGAAACUAUAUCUGUAGCCAUCAGAAAAACUAAAGAAGCAUUCACCACCAACACAACUGAUUCUGGAUUCUCUCUGCACAGCUACUUCAGCGAUAAUUAUUCUGUAGAAAUCCAAGGUGUAGAGGUAAAGGUACCUUCUAGCAUUAACGUAGUCCAAGGCUACAAUGGGUCUGCAAUUCCUGGCUGGUAUUUAACCAAUCAUCGUCAAGGAAUCCUUCCUCCCAGCUUCUUGGACAUCAUAACUUUACAUCGAAUAUUCCUCUUACUCCAAGUGGAACAUACAAAAUCCCAGUCAUCUCACCAAUGUUCUCUUAAACUAAGGCAGCUAAUGUAUGGAAUUCUUCUCUCAGAGGAUAUCACUAGUCUGGAAAAGAAUGGUGAGCUAGCAGUAAACAGAAAAUGUGGUGUUGAGGAGUAUGAUAGAGUUGGAUUUGAUUUAACCAAAAAGAUUGUCUUACCAGCCCUUGUUUUAGAAGGAUAUGGACCAGUGCCAAGACUCCCUGCACUACCAGACCUUUUAUCCUCAGAUAAAGAGAGCUUUCUCCGUGAGGCACUCAAUAUGCCACUCUUCAACCUAGAACACAUGACUAAAGAUCUGGAACUUGUUUUAGGAAUCAUUCUAUACUGGGUCAGAAAUGCCAAACCAAAAGUAACAGUUUAUCAUCUACAGGCUGCUCUUGUCUGUUUGAUAAUGCUGAAGGUGAAGUGGGUACUUAUUCAUCGUGGACCUACAGGGACCGGGGAAAAUCUGAUAGAGACAGCUGUCCUGGAAACACCUAUAGAAACUGUAAAGGAGGUCAGGACUAGACUUCAUCCCUUCAAUGCAAAGCCUGAACACAGCAGCAAACACCCCGUAGACAGCGAACUGAUCCAUGGAUUCGCUCAGUUGCAGUCCUGCAUUCUUGUUGGUUUACAAUUAAACUUUCUUCUCCAGUGCCCCUUCCCUACUCCCUACCUUCCCCACAUAUUCUCUGGAACGUUUCUGUAUAAUUUCUGUCAAGAGCUUCAGAAGCGGAGAAGUCCAGACCUGUUUAUACGCGAUGUGCUGGCCAAGGACUCAAAGCUACCCCAGGUUUACCAAUGCCUUUAUGAUGUUUUGAUGAAUUCUCUUGACCCAGAUGGUUUACUCUCAGACUCUAAAUAUAAGAAGAGAAGUAAAUCUCACAAAGACAAGGCAAAGAAAAGCAAACUGAUUGCAUCUGGUUCUAGCAAUCCGAAAAGUCUGGAACUCUCCCCAAAGACAGAAAAGAAAAGUAAAACAAGGUUGCAAUAUGUGGCGAACUGUCAACUGACCAACAGAUUCGCAGGGCUAGACCUGAGUGAGGACAGUCAUGGAGAAAGUGAUUAGGACUGCUUGUAAUCAAAAAAUUAAAAUAUGAAUAAAAACUGUUUGUGAUCAAUUAGAACUGUAAAUCAAACAACAAUUAAGUUCUAAUAUUAAAAAUUAUUAGAGAUUGAAAUACCGUAUACUUGUAUAAGUAUAUAAGUCGGUUGUAUUUUUGAAUCCUAUAUUAGAGGGAUUAACCUUCUAAAUUACCAGUCUUUUUAUAACUCGCCUAUAAGUUGGACACAGAGUUUUGGACCAAAGUUUAACUCCCAAAAAUCCGACUUAUAGGCGAGUUUAUACGGAACUAGUAUAUGUAUUUACCGGUAUUUUUACAUUGUCUUUGAUAAUUCUUUUAAAAAGUUAACUUUGUUAAUUUUAUGGUAUUAACAAUUUCAUCUGAUUGUAAUUUUAUCACAUGAAAUGAUAAGUGUUUUAUAUCAUAAAUGUUUUCAUAGUUUUCAUUGUGCCUGAUACAUUAACGGCAGGGACUACAAAAAUUAGCAGGAAAUGCAUUGUGUAUUUUAAUGAUGUUAGAAAUUUUUAUUUAUAUUUACAUUUCAAUUUUUCAUAUUAAUAUAAAUACAGGUUUAAAGAAUCACUGUUUAGUUUGUUGGGUAUGCCAGGGACAUUGAUUACAGUUGGAAAUAUAAUAUGAGAUAAUUUGUUCUUAUCAAAUAUUUUGAUGUAUUUUUCAGUAAGU